AUGGAAAUACCAAACUAUGAUAGUAGCGGUGACCCGGAUAAAAAAAAAUAUAAACAGUUAUUUCCUUACAUGCCAUCAGACACAUUUCGGAUGUUAAUCUGUGGAAACAGUGGAAGUGGUAAGACUAAUCUAUUAUAUCAUAUGUUAAUUAAACCACUGUUGUACUUCGAUGAAAUUUAUCUUUAUGCGCGUAAUUUAGAGCAGGAUAAAUAUAAACAAUUAAUGCAAAAAAUGAGAGAACUGAGUUCUAAAGUUGGAUAUGAAAUACUUCAUGUGAGUAAUGAUGAAAUAACCCCAGUGUCAGAAAUGGGUUAUGAAGACAAUCAAAAACUUGUGAUAUUUGAUGAUUACGUUUGUGAUAAAAACCAGAGACAACUUAUUGAUUAUUUCAUUCAAGGACGACAUAAGAAUUGCUCUGUAAUCUACCUCAGUCAAUCAUUUUACAAAACUCCAAAGGAUAUUCGAUUGAAUUGUUCUCAUUACUGCCUUUAUGAAUUUCCAUCAUCGAGGGAAUCCAAUAGGAUAUCAUCUGAGUUGGGAGUUGACAAAGAGACAUAUAAAGCAGCAACAAGAAAACCAUUUACAUUUCUAUAUGUUGAUAAACCCAGAAAACGUAUUGCAAAAAACUUUACUGGUAAUCUAGCCUAA